AAAGCGAGAGCACGAGAGGCAGGAGGGGGAUUUCCAGCUCGAGCCCCCACUUCCCGAACCAGCCGUUGUUUUGCUUUCGGUCUGGACACAGAAACAGAAAAAAACGACGGCCUCGCUUUCCCUUUUUCACUUAAAACCCUCAAAUAACUUCACGCGUGCAACUUGUGCUGCGCGUGUCAUUGUGACAGCAGGACUGUGAGGCUCCAGGCCGUCCAAACUGAACAGACACAAUGCCAGUAGAAAGAAUGAGGAUGCGGCCGUGGCUGGAGGAACAGAUCAACUCCUGCCAGAUACCAGGACUUAAAUGGGUUAACGAAGAAAAAAGAAUCUUCCAGAUCCCAUGGAUGCAUGCAGCGCGUCAUGGCUGGGACCUGGAGAAAGAUGCUCCGCUCUUCAUGAGAUGGGCCGUACACACUGGUAAAUACCAGCCAGGCGUAGACCGUCCAGAUCCAAAGACAUGGAAGGCUAAUUUCCGCUGUGCCAUGAACAGUUUGCCAGACAUCGAGGAGGUGAAGGAUAAAAGCAUCAAAAAGGGAACUAACGCCUUCAGAAUGUAUAGGAUGCUCUCCUCCUCAGAGAGAACCUUGAAGAAAGGAAAGAAGAAGACAGACAAGGAGGGAAAAGCCAAAGGAAAUAAAGAGGUAGCUUCUCCGUCUCGAAACAGGACUCUUCCUGACGCUCAUGCUGGACCUAUCGACUACACCAAACAGGAAUCGAUCAAACACGAUUGGGUCAAGCAGGAGCCACUAGAGCUCACAGUGACGGACAGUGCCUCAGCCAUUCACAGCUCCGUAGAUGGCCAUGUGAUCACCAGCGAGCAGCUGCCGUUCGUCUGUCAGACGAUCGAAGUGACCACUGAGAAUGAAGAGCAGACCGUCAGCUCCUCUCACUCGUACCCGCUCCAAAUCUCUCCUGUGUCUUCAUGCUGCGGAAGCGACACAGACAGUGACACAGAGGACACCAAAGAGGGUGUCAGUGCAGUGUGGAGGCGGGGCUACAAACCAUCAGUUCUCAGGGUUCCCACAUGUUCUCUUCCCGGCAUGGCCACCUUCGUCAGUACAAGCAAGACCAACUUCAGGGUCACCAGCACGCGAGACCCAUCCCCGCUCAUCAGCUACCACACUGACGGCUGGACGCCGGCCUACAGCCAGAACUCUCUCGCAUCCGCCGCAACUGGCCACACCCAUGAGAUGCGCGCAAGUGUCAUUAUGAAAACCUCGGAUGUGACUUCCUCCUGACCUCUUACCCUAGAUGAGGGAGUAUCAUCACUGCUUCCAGGGCAUAGGAAUGACAGAGAUAGUUUGUUUCCUCCAUCAGGGCUGCGUGGAGCCAAAAGAGAUCGAGCUUCAAAACCUUUGAUUUUUUUGUAGCUUCCUGUCCGGGCGAUGAGUUCAAACUGCUGCUGACUGGUGUUAACUAAGUUCUCCAUGGCUUGACAGGCCCACUAAUUGGUCAGCACAUGUGCCCAGUUUAUUGCUGCAUUUGUAUGGAUGUGAGGGUCUGUGUGAUGUAAAUGUCAUCAUCUUCCCAUGUCUGCGAGGGUUUGCGGACCAUCUGUGUGCAGCUUAGAAUUUAUGGAUACGUGGACAACACACACCAAGAAACAUGUAUGCAGACAUGUAGAACAGGCAGAACCUCCUGCGUGUCGUCCUUGUCCCUUUUGGGUGACACCUGGUCUUUCAGACACCAUAAUCAUCCACGUGUCACUUGUAGAUUGUGCUAACACUUUAGCAUACAUUAUGCCUAAUGAAAAAAUUGCUUUUAGUUGUGAAAAUUUCUGAAUGUUUUUUAAAUUGCACAACCUGUAGAUAAAUACAUGUUUUAAUGAAUUUGAGUUAGUAUUGCCUCACUGCUGGUUUGAAACUACAUCCACAUAUUCAUCCACUUUGUUGUGAUCUUUAGCUAAACAAUCAAACUAAUAGUCCCUAAUAGUUGAUCACAGGAAGAUUUUUUUUUUCUUCACUCACAAAAUGCCCAUUUUUAUAUCAGAUACUCACCCCAUGUUACCUUGAAUCCCUGAAGAAAACUUCCUUUUUCUGGCACGCCUUCACGUCAGACUAAGAAUCCAAAAAUAGAGAAAAGUCCUGAUGAACUGGAAUUAAAUGGGCCGGCUUUAAACAGCAAAACUAUAUCAAAACUAUCUCAACUCGUGCAGUAUAAUCCAAGUCUCAUUUAUCCGUCGUUUGCUCAGUACUUCCCAAACACAGGCAUUUUGGCUAAAACAUUUUGAGUAGCUGAGCAGCUUGCUUGGGCUCCUGUGUGUGCUUGUUUGGAUUCUCCGUUUAACGCGAAGGCAUGCCAGAAAAACAAAGUUAUCUUCCACAAUCAAGGUAACACGGGGUGAGUAAUUGAUAUACAAAUGCUCCUUUUGCGUGUUAAGUAUUCUGUUAAGACUCCUCACCAUUAAGUAUUAGGACAGUGCCUGCUAUCUUAAAAUAGUCUAAGCUCAAGUGUAAGCGUGAAACGUGGCACGAAAUGUUUUACUGGCACACAUGAUGGAACAAAGGUGUUCAUAACAGAACAAUGAAUGCAGCAUUUCAUGGGAAAUUACAUCUCUGUUGGCGAACCAGCUUUACCGGCAGCAAGUUGCAAAAAGAAUCAAAGGCAUGUCGAUAUCUAGAUUAAGACUGACAAUCAUCAUGAAGCCCUGAUUGGCCACGCAGUGGCAAGCAGACGUGUGUGUAUCUGUCUGUCUGGAGACCUCAGGACAAUCUACCUGCCAACGUAAAGACAGAUGAACAGACAGAACUGACUCGCUGACAGACAGACUGACAGACUGUGAACAAUGUAUUCAUGUCUUCUGCUCUCUUCUGCCUCCUCCUGGUGUUAAUAAUGUACAUAGCUCAUAUGUAUGCAAGCUGCUUCAGCACCUUAUGGACAGCACUAGUGUAUGUGUGUGUGUGUAUGUGUGUGUGUGUGAGAGAAAAAGCCUUAUUGAAGAUGUGUGCCUUUUGAUAGCGUGUGGCUGGAUUCAAACUAUCUGUGCUUUAGUCUGCUAGUGACUCAUGCAGGUAGCUUUCAGGACUGUAACGCGGCCUUGUGUGGAUUGCAGUUGAAUGAUAUGUGGGUAGUAUGGAGGAAUGAAGAAGGGGUUAAUGCAUUUUUGUGUACACUAUGUGCAGGUCUUGACCUGGUUAAUUGAGCAACAAUGUAACAAACAUCCUCAUAUAUUAGAAUAUUUUCUAUUGAAGCUUAUUGGGUUAAAGGAAAGAGACUGAAUCUCAGGGUUUCAUCUUAACUUGAGUAACAAGUGAGUGCAAUUGGCAGUUAAUUUUGCACAUUUAAAGUGAAUGUCUUGCUAUGAUAAGAAGUAAUAGGGAAGUCUGGGCUUGAGAUACAUCCCAGAGGGCUGUGUCAUCAGCAGAGGCUGAGCUCUGUUGUUUAUAAGUCACACUUGUUUUUACAGUCUGGUCUCUUAGCUCCAAACUUCCUGUUUCCUAGGUGACUUUAGUACACAGAAGUCUUCCCUCUGUCUUCUCGUUGUGUCCACCUCUGCAUUCUCCCUGUCUUAGAGCACAGUAGCCACCAGCCUUAAUCCUGAUGUAUUUGCUGAAACUGUCACUCCAUCCACACAGUAGUACAUGAGACAGUCUUUAAAGAAAAUCAUGUUCCUCCUCUUCCUCAUAGUGCUUCUAAUGGCAUUUGCAAGAAUCCACUGCUGCUGAACGAAAACAACCAAUCGGAACUGAAGAGUCUCUUCAGCUGUGAAAUAAGAAGUUUGCUGCUUCAGUUUGGCUCAACUGUUUCUAACUUGGCGGCUCAGUCAGAGACGUUCUCAUUUCAUAGCUAAACAGUACACUAAAAUAUGUUUCUGAAAACAUUUGAGGGAGAAAUAGACAAUGCAGUAGCAGAAUCUUGAUUCAUGUUUGAUCAGAGCUGCCUAGUUUGACAGUUGAACUGGGGUUUAUGAGCAGCGAUUGACAUCAGCGCUACAUACUCCUGUUUGGUUUCCAUUUGCUGUCUUCACUCACGUACGGUGGAUUCUUGCAAGUGCCUGUGGUGGCACUAUGAGGAGGAGGAAAUGAUCUGUCUCAGGCACUAUUGUGUGGAUGCAGUGACAGUUUCAGCAAAUAUGACAAAGUUUAUAGAAGUUACCAACUAUAGCUUGAAAUGCAAAUAUAUGCACUUGAUGAACUUUGGGAGCAAACGGAAGAUAUUUUGUGUAUGUCCUUUUGACAAGGCAUUAUUAGAGCAAGGUCAGUGACUUCAAAAUUAUUUAGCCACAUGUAAUUUAUCCAAAACAAAGUCACCAGAAUAUGAAAUAUUCAUAUUAGGUCCCCUGAGAGUCCUCAGUUAUGAAAUAUGGUGAGUUUAUCAGAAAGCUACUUGUGUUAGCAACUAGCAGGCUAAAGCACAGUCCUCAUUCCCAGCCUGCCUUAAGCAGAGCUCCAGUGGGAACAGCUCGACAAGUUCCUGAAGGAAAGCAAAAAGGACAGACAGGAAUCUGCCAUGAUUUUUUUUGAACCAAACCACUAGAGAGACUUACACUGGAUGCACAUUACCAUCAUGGUGAAUUUAUUUAAGAAACUCAUUGAAUCAAGGGGGUUUGGUCUUACUUGAUAACAGACGUGGAAUACGCAUUGCUUUACCAAAUGUUUCUUUUCAUGUGCCUUUUUAUUGUUAACUUGCAUCACAUACGUAAAGGUUGCUUCUGUUUCUGUGUGGUUCUACUUCAUAAUUGAUGGUAAGGCUACAACACACAGAUCAUACUCAAAGCAAUGCUAAUCACUUUGUCUACAGCCUUCACAAACACCUGCCUUUUUUAAAACCAUGAAUUUGUUCUUGUGGGCUUUUUUUAUCCUGAGCAAUUUUAUCUUAGUGGUCACAUCCUCUCUCUCAGUUGGGAGUUGCACAACCCUGUAAUUGACCAAAUCAGAUGCUGUUAAUUGUUUGUGAGACUUAAAUGUGCCUAAUUACCAUGAGUGUUGCUUGGCAUAUAAACAGCAUGAUCCAUAUUAGGCCUUUACAUCUGAUCAAAGGGAUGUCGCUGCAGCCAAAACUCAGCAGUGAAAGUUGAUGUCGAUGAGUUGUGUAAUAAUGUUGUCGAAAAAUCAUCUAUAAUGUUCCAACCUGCUUUUGCUUUACGUGAUACAGAGCCACUGAAUCACCCUUCAGUUAAAACCAAGGUGUGUCUCAGCACAUACCAUAAAGGACAUUACUACCUGUCAGCUCAAAGAAAAACAAGGGUAAUUGCUCAACUACUCGCAGUGCAGCAAAGAUAUUCUCACCGCAACAUGUCUCCACUGUUUAUUCUCUGUAUUAUUAAACUACAUGUGAAUCAACAUGUAAAUCUAAAUAAAGACUUUUUGUAUUUA